AUGUUGGAUUCCAUCAUUUACGUAGCUGGUUCUGAGCGUAUCAGCCUUUUAGUACUGCUUUCGACAUGUAUGUGGUGUUGGAUCAUUGAGCAAUUCGCAUCAUAUAGAAUAGACGUUUCCAGCGUUGUGCAAACGAGGCUACCGCAUGAAUUGAGGGCACCAUUGACUCAAACUCAACUACAAAAGGCUUCAAGAAGCUUCACUUGGUCAUUAUGGGUAAGAGUCUUCCCAUUGUUGGCUUUCAAUACUCUCUUACAUCCGAUCGCUGAAAGGUUUAGCUGGUUACAAGCGUUGGAAAAGUCAAUACCAUUGCUUGAGUUUGCAUUGAUCGUUUGGUUUAUCCUAAGGAAUUGUCCAUUGAUUUCUUACUGUGCCAAUAGAAUUCUACUUAUUGAAUCCAAGCCAAAGCAAUUGAGAAACCUUUAUAUCCUGUUAUCAGACUCUUUGACAUCUUUCUCUAAACCCUUGGUUGACUUUAGUUUGUACGUGACAGCAUUUUUGUUCGAUGCAGAGUCUCAUGUGGAUCUAGCAGUUGCUAUGAUUCCAGUCACCGUUAGGAUGUUUCAAUGCAUAAGGGAAUUAAUCAUUACAGGGGAUAGACAACAUUUUUUUAAUACUGUAAAAUAUUCAACAAAUAUUCCAAUUUUAGUGUGCGUUUGGUACUCUCGUGUACAACCUGAUAAAUUUCAGUACGAUACUCAAUUGUGGUUUAUGCUAUUAAAUGCAAGCUAUACGUUCUAUUGGGAUAUUUUCAUGGAUUGGAAGUUGGAAUCCAUAUUUAACUUAAGAGCUAAACUUGGUAAAUUGGCAUUUCCAAGGAUUUUUUACUACAUGGGGGUUGUGAUCGAUUUCAUCAUUAAAUAUUGGUGGGUCUGGACCUUACACAGAGGUAGUACUUCAUUGUUUUUCCCCAGUGAAAUUCAAUAUUUAGAGAUAUUUCGUAGAGCAGUUUGGGUUUUCUUCAAACUCGAAGCUGAAUAUGUAUGUUGA